AUGAAAGGAAGAAUAUGUUUGAAGACUAAGGAAAAGGGUGUUGAGUGUGUGAAAGAUGGUGAGAUCGAUAAUGGGCAAGAGAGAGAGGGAUCUCGUCCAAAACUCAUAAGUGAAGGAAGAUGGAAAAUUUUGAGAGAAAAUAGAAAAGAUGCCAAAGGCAUAUGUGAAAAAGGAAUGGGCCAGCAAGAUAAUGGUCUAAGCAUAUGCUUAGAAGAUCCUCUUGGAGGGAAAGAUCGCGCAAUGAAAUCUGAAAAGCAUCUCAACCGUACAUUUAUGACUCUUAAUCGCCAGCUCAUCAAUCCGCAGUUCAUCGAUUUAAUCUUAAUAUAUCUUGGCCGUCUACUAGAUUUCCACGUCAUUAAUCCGCGCGAAACCCCCCUAGCCAAUAAGAGCGAAGAACCUUUCUCUAUAUUAAUAACUCCUGCAAGUAGAUUUCACUCCUCACUUCAAUUUGCGAUUUCAAUUCCCAAAUUGAAACCCUAG